ACAGUACGUGUAGACACUCACAUAGUCACACUGAAACUGUUAUCAUAGAUAAAGAGAUCUCGGCUAUAAAAUGCAGUUUGAGACGGUCCCUUCUAUUUAGCUCUGCACCAUGGCGGCGAGGGGAAGAGUGACGGUGAACGCCGACUUGGCCAAAGAAAGAACAAGUGCUACAUUCGAUGUGGAAAACCUGACACACUUUAUUGAUGGCGGUGUGGCGGCCACAAAAAGGAAGAGAUAUCUUCAGGACCUGGCCAUCAACGAUCCCGAGCUCAAGAACAGUAAACCAUGGGCGGUAAUGACACGGAAGGAACAAUACGAGACCGCCUUGAGGAAACACAUAUAUAUGGCCAAGCGUCUAGAGGAGAUGGGAAUAACAGACGAAAGAGAUAAAUUAAACUACAAAGAGGCUGGGGCUAACCACGAGAGUAGUCCGAUAGGCGUCCAUCUUAGCAUGUUCCUCCCCACGCUCCGGAAACAGGGAACAGAGGACCAAAGGAAGCGUUACCUCCCUCUGGCUGAGAAGCUGGCUAUAAUCGGAACGUACGCCCAGACGGAGCUCGGUCAUGGAACUUUUGUCCGAGGAUUGGAAACGACUGCAACCUAUGACGCGAAGACACGAGAGUUCGUACUGAACUCGCCGACACUGACAUCAAUGAAGUACUGGCCAGGACACCUGGGUAAAACCGUCAACUUUUGUAUCGUGAUGGCCCAGCUUUACACCAAUGGGAAAUGCUACGGGAUGCAUACAUUCCUGUUACCCCUCAGGGACCUAAGUACACAUCAAAGUCUGCCAGGAAUCGAGUUGGGCGAUAUUGGUCCUAAGUUUGGAUACGGGUCUAAUGAUAACGGAUAUCUAAUCCUUAACAACGUACGGAUACCCAGGGAGAACAUGUUGAUGAGAUACGCUCAGGUACUUGAAGAUGGGAGCUACGUGAAGCCAGCCAACGCCAAGAUAUCCUACGGCACGAUGACGCUGAUCCGCGUUGGGAUAGUGACGAAUGUGUCACGUUGUCUAGCUCAAUCAUGCGUCAUCGCAGUCAGAUAUAGCGCUGUCCGGCGACAAACGGAAGUGUCACCCGGGGGCCCUGAGGCCCAGAUUCUUGACUACCAGACCCAACAACACAAGUUGUUCCCCCUGAUAUCCACAGCGUUCGCCAUCUACCUGACCGGGAUAGAAGUGUAUAGGAUAUACAACGGGGUCAACAACAAUGUGGAGCAAGGCAACCUCGACCAGAUCGGCGAGCUACAUGGAUUGUCGGCCGGUCUGAAGGCGUUUACUAGCUCCAGCUGUUGUCUGGGUAUAGAGGUGUGUCGGCUAGCAUGUGGCGGACACGGGUACUCACAAGCCAGUGGUCUGCCUAAGAUCUACGUAAAUGCUAUACCAAACUGUACAUACGAGGGAGAAAACACGGUUCUGUAUCUACAGACUGCCAGAUACCUUAUGAAAUGUUUCACCAAAGUCCAGAUGGGAGAGAAACUUCCAGGAUUCGUGUCUUACCUGGGGACUGACCUGUCCAUCAAGUCAACGAUUAAAUCGGACGUGUCCCUCGAGAGUCUUUUGCUGGCAUACGAACACCGUGCGGCGAGGAUGGUGAAAGCAGCGGCCAUGAAUAUCCAGGGACUUGUCCAGGAGGGCUUCACCCAGCAGGAGGCAUGGAACAAAUCCACACAACAACUAGUGUGGGCGACUAUGGCGCAUUGUCAUACUUACGUUGUGAAAACGUUCACGGCGAGGAUAACCGGGAGUAACCUUGACGACCAGACUAAGAAAGUGAUGACGGCACUGUGUAAGCUGUACGGAGUCCACGGCAUGGUAGAGAAUCUUGGCGAUUUUAUUCAGGAUGGCUUCAUGAACGCAAGUCAGGUGGACACUGUGACCCGGAAGUUGAUGUACCUACUGGCGGAGAUCCGACCUAACGCUGUUGCCUUAGUGGAUGCGUUCGAUUACCCUGACCAAGUCCUGGACUCCUGUCUCGGGCGUUACGAUGGCGACGUGUACAAGGCGUUGUAUGAAUAUGCAAAAGCGUCGCCUCUCAAUAAUAAAGAUGUGCUAGACUCGUUCAAUACCUACCUGCGUCCGUUACAAGGAAAUACUGGCACGAGUUCCUUGGCAAAGCUCUAAAAUAAACGUACUAGGUCAGAAGGCAGCUGAUAAUUCAAUGCAGCACUGCUCCUAGUUCAAAAGGAAGAAUGUGUAUGCCCAUAUACAACGUUGAGUUAGUUUGAUACACAGUAAUCUGACGUCAACAGGCUUAUAUGAUAAUUUUAAAAAAUAGCUGUUUAUGUUAUCAGCUCUGGACUAUAUAUCUACCGGGGAAAAAACUGGGUCGCCAUAGACAUCUAAAUAUAUUGUAAAGAAAACCGUUCAAACAAUAAGUUUCAGGACAUUGAAAUUAAGGAAUAACACUGCGACUUUUAUUGAGAUAGCUGGUGAACUAAGGACGUAGUCGUUGCAUUAAUAGAAAAUAUUGCGGCUAUUAUGGAGGUGACUUUGUGGGUUAAGGAGGUAGCUGGGGAGGAUUCACAAACCAGAUAAUAGUACCGUAUAUUACAACAUUGAGUUCACGAAGUGUUAUUUUCAUGCACUGUUGAAUUUACGGCUAAAAUAACAAUUAUUUAAAAUGACUCGGUAGACAGUAACUAAGUUGAGGGCAUAAAAUCAUUGACAGUUUGUGUCCAGAUCAAGGAUAUUUAAAUUUCCAAGCAACAGCAAUUAUAAUUAUAAUACCCAGGUAUUUUAAAAACAGUGUACAUAAUCUAAUACAAAUGGCAAUGUGUUGUAUCAAAACUAUUCUAUCAAAGUUACAAAUAUACUUCGUUUUGGCUCAUUUAACGAAUAAAAGGAUGGAAUUUUAAGAGAAAUUGAAAGUGAUGAGUGACAGACAUUUUAUAUACAAUUUAUAAUCGUCAUGUUAAUUCUUACCUACAUAUAAAUGAUGUAAGGUGACACCAUCCUAAUUAUCUAAUUCUAUUCCGGAAAAUAUUACCCCUUUAAUGAAAUUAUUCAAUACUUUGAUGGUACUCAAGACAAAACAUUUGAACACGAUACACUCGAAAGUGACAUAGUAGGGAAUGUCAUAACACAAUAAAGCAUUAAAAUAAUCGACUUAAAUUGAAUUUACUUAAAACGACAUUAUACUAUCUCUAUGAUAUCCUAAAGUUGUUUAUCUGUUUUGAUGAACAGGUUCUUGUGUCAGUUAAAUGUAGUGUAAUUCCGUCACGAAACACAUCAUAAUUGAAGAUAAGACUGUUGCCGAUGGCACUAAUAACUAGUUACAUAGUAUAAUAUAGUCCUGGGGGUAUAGUUCUAAUAUUGAUAUACAAUGGUAUUGUGUUGUCUACGAAAACCGGUGUCUAUUUAGCUCAAUAGGGUUUAUCAUUUGAUAUAUAUAUAUUAGUGCAAUAGGCAAUUGCCUUUAAUUGGAUGGCAUAUUUUCAUAUAUUAAUGGAUGAUAGUCCAUUAUACGUUCACAAGUUUUAUACCAGUUCAAUAUGUUAAUGGCUGGGAUAGCAUUGUUUAACUAUCGGUAUAAGAGUGUAAAUAUUAAUGGUUGGUAAUCGGUGUGGUAUGUUAAUAAAUGAUAUACCAGAGUAGUAUGGUAAUGUUGGUAUAUCAUUACAAUGUGUUAAUUUCUAAUCAUUAAGUCUCUGUAAAAAUGCAUAUCAAUGCAAAAGUGUGAUACGGGUGAUAUAUCUGAUCAAUGUUUCAUGUAAUUUGAAUUUUUCUCAAAUUGUAUUAUCGUUUAUGCUAAUUGUUAUACACCCGUGUUAUGUAUUUUGUGCACAGGUAAUAAUGCCCACUGUGACGUCAGAAUAAAGAUAAUAGACAGUCAUGGAAUCGCGAGUCAAAUGGAAGACAAUAGGCCUGGAGCAAAAUGUGAUGUUAAAGAUGAAGAGAGAAACGUUUUUCGCGAAUAUCUGCAUGCGUUCUUGGUAAUGAGAAAAAUGACCUUAAAUUGUAGCAACAGAUACAUUUGAACUGUUACGUGAUCGAUCGAUAAAGGUUUUGUUAAUUUAUAUUUUAUUUAGAAAAAAAAUAUUGGUUAAUAUGAAAUAUAUUUUUAUCACAUAAUC